AUGACAGCCAAUAUCAGUAAAGGAGGCUCGUCCUCCGAAGAAGAGUUCCACUCGGCCGCAGAAAUCGAGAGUAAUAGUGACAUUGUCGAAUUAGCCCUAGAAGAAAAAGAAGAAGAAGAAGAAGAAGACGACGACGAAUACCAGAGCAGUGAUGAUGAAGCCCCAGAAGAAGAAGAUGUGAACGCCGGGAAGAACAACGCCGAAGUUCAGGAAAGAGAACUUGAGAAGUUGGAAGCAGAAAAAAAAAAGAACUUGAAAGAACGAAGAAGAACCCAAGACUUGAAGUUCAAGGAACAAAAGCAGAAUAAGACCCAACGAAAGAAGUUGGAAGUCCCAGAUUUGUUGCCUCAGGAACUUUUGGAAAACCUUGAUAGUGAAGAAGAACAAGAAAAGACCGACCAACAAUCGCCAAAGAACAAACACACAACCUUCAAGGACGACUAUGAAGAUGAAGAUGAGUUUCUGGGUGACGACCAGAACCUUGCCCAGCAGUUGAAGAAAACAAAGUUGAAGCUUGCAAGGCAAAUGAAAAAACAGCACAAGACUAUAGGUAGUAUCAAUGUCAAACUUUUGAAAAGCAAAAAUAAGACCAAACUACCUCCUGCUGCUGUCAGGGGAAAGCAGGGGACGAUAGAUAUGCGUGGGAAAUGGCUCAAGCGGAGAUCAUUGGCAAAGAAGUUGAAGAAUUAG